AUGACACUGUGGAACGGCGAGCUACCCUUCUAUCCCCAGCCCCGGCAUGCUGCUGGCUUCUGCGUUCCUCUUCUCAUUGUCAUUUUGGUGUUCCUGGCAUUGGCAGCCAGCUUCCUGUUCAUCUUACCGGGGAUCCGCGGUCACUCGCGCUGGUUCUGGCUGGUGAGAAUUCUUCUAAGUCUGUUCAUAGGUGCUGAAAUUGUAGCUGUGCACUUCAGCGCGGAAUGGUUCGUGGGUAGCGUCAGCACCAACACAUCCUACAAGGCCUUCAGUGCGGCUCGAGUCAGCGCCCAAGUCGGUCUGCAUGUGGGCCUGGAGGGCAUUAAUAUCACACUCACAGGGACCCCAGUGCAGCAGCUCAAUGAGACCAUUGACUACAACGAGAAGUUCAGCUGGCGUUUGGGUGAGAAUUACGCCGAGGAGUACACGGAGGCUCUGGAGAAGGGGCUGCCGGACCCAGUGCUCUACCUGGCGGAGAAGUUCACUCCCAGAAGCCCUUGCGGGCUCUAUCAUCACUAUCGACUGGCGGGAUACUACGCCUCGGCCACGCUGUGGGUGGCGUUCAGCCUCUGGCUCCUCUCCAACGUGUUGCUCUCCAUGCCCGUCCCGCUCUACGGGGGACUGGCGUUGCUCACCACCGGCGCCUUUGCGCUCUUCGCUGUCUUCGCUUUCACCUCCAUCUCCAGCGCACCCUUCUGCCUGUUCCACCUCGGCUCUGCCACACUGACAACUCACUAUGGCGCCGCCUUUUGGGUCACUCUAGCCACGGGCAUCCUGUGUCUUCUCCUUGGAGGGGUGGUGGUCAUUCUUCACUACAUGCGGCCCAGCGCCCUUCGCAUCUUCCUGGAUCAAAGCAUCAAGGAACGCGAAGGCCAGACGAGAUGGGAAUCGCCUCUUAUUCUCAGCAAUCCUCUGCACCAGCAACCCGACGUUCCGGACUUAGAAAUGACCACUAACUUGUGA